GUGGGUAUAGAGGUGCCAACAUACAUACGCACAUAUAUGCGAGUGGCCAGAGAAGCGUUACGCUGGCGCGACCUCCACCCACAUAACGCUAUUUUUCCUGCGUGCGCGGAGCAGCUCUGUGCGAAACCGCCAAUUGGCACUCCUUCCAGAGCAACGUCGACAGCAAGGCUUCUUUGAGGCGCGGCCCCCAUCGCACUCCCGUUUGUAUUUUCAAAGUCGCCGGCGUGGCCAAAACUGCACAAGCGAGUUGCGAUCAAAUUUGAUCACCACCAGGCGGCAUGUGCAAAGAGCAUACAUACAUACGUACAUACGACGUGCAUAUACCUUUGUGCGGCUAAGCCUUGACGACUCAACCGAUAAAUGGCGUAGCACAAGGAAAUACGCUGCCCCUCCGCGAAGGAACAAACAGCUGCGCCAUGUUCACAGCCAUUCGGGGGCAAAUGUACAGACACAGGCACGAACACCAUGGUGAGCCUUUUCCAAAUUCACAGAAGGUUCAUGUACUGGCCUCCAAAAAAUAAAAUAAAAACUAUAAAGUUCCCCUCAGGGAAGAAGAGCUUCAUUUUUAUCGGCAAGAGGGAUGAGGAUGGGAAGGACGAACCGCUCCUGUGCUUUGUCGACAACCAAAACCAUAAGCUGACUUGGAUGAACGAAGAGGAGGUCCUGAAUUUGGAAAAGCUGAUGCCGCGACUAGACAGCUACUUCUCCCUCUACUUGGAAAAGGCAAAAAAGGUCAAAGAGCAGAAUGCAAUCCUUAGUGAAGAAAUGAACAGAUCGUUGCAUGAUUAAAAAAAGGAAGAAAGAAAAAAAAAAAAGCACAAAACACAAAAUGAGAGUGUGAAAAUAGGGGAGCACACCUUCGAACCGCUUAGCAUUCACCACACCCCACAACGUUGCCUUCUUUUUUUUUCUUCACCUCAAUCCGAAGGGGGGUUUCCCAUCAAAUGUAAGUCAAAUUGGAGGGGCGCCUCAAUCUGCCGCCAUAUGCCUGAACAUAUAUUUAAAUUAGCACCUGUUUUGUUUAAUGUA